AUGGUGAACAAUCCUGAUCGAUGGCGACCAUGGCGCGCCACGGAUAUAGACUCACUGAUUUAUCCGCACGUAAUCGUCUCACGGUUCCUCGGAUUAUUCCCUUUUAAACGCAACUCCGAAAGCUACGAGAUUUCGAAGUUACGAUUCGCUCGUUCAACGAUCAUGGUCCUGGCUUACUUAUCCGCCAUGUCGUACUUAUUGUACGAAAUACAGUCCACCGAGACGAACCUAUUUCCGGCAUGGUCCCAGUCAUGGAGAUCUCACACGUUCCUUUACAUUUUAUGCAACUGUGUCGUGAUCCUUGCAACGUACGCCUUUACGUACGAUAGGCUGAUCGUGCUGCAAAGCCUGUCGAAGGUUUCGCGCGUUCUGUCGCGACGGGACUUCGACGACAUGGCGAAGUUUCUUCACACGAAGGACAUCGUUGUCACGCUUUAUCAUUGUUUCGUCCUUCUAUACUUCGUCGCCGACUCUCGCCUAUGGACGCCGCGAUAUUUCAUUGUGAUGGCGAUGCCGUGCGCGACGAUUCAGGGGGAAAUGUUCUACGCUAAUUGCGUGCACAUUUUGGGCGGCUGCUUCAAGAAAGUCGACGAAAUGUUGCGACGUCUGAACGAACCUCCGCCCGAACGUUCGGAACUGUUGCGGACGUUCCGGGCGUUGUUGAACGAGCAGGACGCUUCGAUGCUGACGAGGCUGAAGCGCUGCGAGAAGCUGCACGAGGAGAUCAGCGACGUCGUCGAAUCGCUUAAUAAAUCGUACCGCGGGAUACUUACUGUCAUCAUGGUGUUCGAGUUUUACACGAUCACGUUCAGUGUGUACUACUUUAUCGAAGGGUUCGAGAGCAUCGACGAACUGGAUUUGGAAUCGGCGGCGUAUCGUCUGCUCCCUUUCAGCUCCAUAGUCUACGGGCUGACGAAAUUUUCGACGACGAUCUGGCUUUGCGAGACCACCACGAAUCAUGCGAACCAGAUUGCUACCACGAUCAACAUCGUUCACGCCGAUUGCACCGACACCGCUGUCAGGCAGGAGUUGAGGUGUUUCGCGUUGCAAGUUGCGCAUCGGGACAUUCGAUUUUCCGCGAAAACGUUCGUGAUGAACGCGAAGCUUCUGUCGCAGCUCCUUGGUCAAAUUGUAAUAUACGUCAUGAUACUUUUCCAAUUCAUGUUCGACACCAAUUGCGACGACAAACGGUUGUCGUGA